AUGUAUGAGGUCUUGGUCUUUGAACUACUAUGUAAUAAGUUUUUGCGUGGUGGACUUUGUGUUCGUCGUUCAAAAGAAGUCAUUCUCGUCUGCUCGACGUCAAUCGCCGCCUUGAAUUACCUGUCCAAAUCGAAUAGACUCGAUGAUGCCAAAAACAUGAUGGAUGAAGAUGAUUCGAAAUGCCUCAAGAUGUCUAGUUCUAUUGUGUUGUUGUUUAGAUAUGGUGCAUUUUGUUCGAUCACAGAUUUUACAACAGGGAUGAGUUUUUCCAAUCUUGUGCAUUUUGUUUGUUCAAGAUGGAAUUCUUUAAGUGUUGAUAACCUGUCAUUAUCGUACUCUGUUCCUGAGAUUGGUGUUUUUUCAAUCAACGAUGAUGAAGAUGUAAAAGGGUUAUUUAUUAUUGUGGAACAAUGGUCGAUUCAGAGGAUUGAAAUUGUUGUGAAGCAAGUUCAUGCAUCUCUUGGUACGUCUGAUACUAGUUACAGCUCUAUGGUAGGUUCGUCGAGUGUGUUACCUGUUGCUGCAAUUGAAGCAGCAGUUAAUCCCCCAUGCAACACAUUAUGUUCCAUUGCGCCCAUAAAGACUUUGCUUAGCUCACAUUGGAUAAAUCUGAUAACCGAUGUUGGACAAGUUUUCCGUGGGGGACGUUCAGAAUUUAGAAUAUGUUUGGCUAAGUUUGCGUAUGGGCUUGGAUUUGGAUUCGAAUUUAUCAAAAACGAUACGAAGAGAGUGACUGCAGUUUGUAAGCUUAAACAGGAGAAAAAUUGUUUGUGGAGAAUUCAUGCUACAAUUCAACCUUCAACCGAAUAUUGUAUUAUUCGCACAUAUGAGAAACAUCAUACGUGUGAGUCAGCAUUUAGUGCUGUCAAGAAGGUUAAAAUGUGCGUUAAGCUCGUAGCUGAUUUAAUCGUGGAGGACAUUCGGAAUAAGCCGUUGCUGUGUGCUAACGACGUUAUUCAUGACGCCAAAAAGAAUUAUGGGAUUGAUAUUGACUACAAUACAGCAUGGAGAGCUAUAGAAUCUAGUCGGAGUUUUGUGUUUGGAGACGAUGGAAUAUCUUAUUCGUACCUGAAAGUGUAUUUUGAAGAAGUUGGGCAUUGCAAUCCAGACAGUGUGUUUCACCUGGAAGUUGAUGAGAAGCAUAACUCGUUUAAUCGUUGUUUCUUCAGUUUUGGUGCUUGUCUUUCCGGAUUUAAGUUUUGCCGUCCGAUUCGUUUUUUGGAUGGAACAUUUCUGAAGAGUAGAUACAAAGGUAUUCUUUUGAGCGCCAUGGCGAAAGAUGCAAGAAAUGGUCUUUAUCCAGUGGCAUUUGCCGUUGUGCGUGAGGAAAAUGAUUCAAACUGGAAUUAUUUCAUGGAACAUUUAAAAUGUUGCAUUAGCUCAGAUCGUGUUUUGACAUUCGUAUCCGAUCGGCAGCACGGUAUCUUGGAAGCUGUUAAAAAUAUUUUCCCUAAUUGUUACCAUGCAUUCUGCUUGUUGCAUUUAGAGAAUAAUUUGAGGUAUAAGUUGAGUGGAAUGAGCUCUAGUUAUAGAGAUGUUUUAGUUAGUCAGUUGAUAGCAUGCGCGUAUGCUCCCACUAAGGAAAUCUUUCAUGAGAAACUUCAGAAAUUCAAAAUUGAUGGUUCAUGGAAAGUUGUUGAUUUUUUGUCAGAUUUGCCUUUUAAAAAUUGGGCAAAUGCGUAUUUUGAGGGGCAUAGGUAUGGUGAGCUGUAUUCAAAUGCUGUGGAAUCAUGGAAUGAACGUGCAUAUGUCGGGAUUGGCAGUUUAAAGGAUUCCCUUAUUGUCAUGUGGCUGUGGUUCUCAAGAAUAUCCCCGUUGGUGAAAGAUAUGGUUGAGCAGCCACCUGUUGGACCUCCAGUUUGCCAGACAAGACGUGGAAGACCAAAAAAGAAUAGGAUUCCAUCUCAUGGUGAGAAUAUCAAGAAGAAGAUCAAGUGUGGAAGAUGUAAAGAGAUUGGUCAUCACAACAAGAAGACUUGCAACAAAGCUAUUUGA